AUGGUAUUCAAAGUAUUAGUCACCCGUAUCAUCCCUCCUCAAACACAAGCGCGUCUUUUGAAGCAAGAUUUUGAUUUGAUUCAAUGGGACCAGGAUUCGUCUAUUCCCAGGGAUGUCCUUCUGGAUAAGGUAAAAGGUGUGGAUGCUUUGUUUUGUCUCUUGACAGAGAAAAUCGAUGAUGAGGUGUUGGAUGCUGCAGGUCCACAAUUAAAAGUCAUUGCUACAAUGAGUGUUGGGUAUGAUCAUAUUGAUGUUCCUGCCGUAAAAGCCAGAGGCAUCCAGCUUGGCUAUACGCCUGACGUCUUGACGGAUGCCACUGCUGAUUUGACAGUUUUAUUGGCCCUGGGUGCAUCCCGUCGAAUCAAGGAGAGCAUCCGUGCUGCUGAAGAUGGAUUGUGGGGAAAAUGGGGUCCAACUUGGUUAUGUGGCUCUCAAUUCACAAACAAGACAUGCGGCAUCGUUGGUCUAGGCCGCAUCGGCGAAGCAGUUGGUCAUCGUUUGAAAGCAUUUGGCAUCUCAAAGUUUGUCUACAGUGGUCGCAGUAGAAAACCAGAAGCUGAAGCCAGCUUGCAUGCGGAAUACGUAUCAUUCGAUGCUCUUUUGCGACAAUCGGAUGUGAUUGUGAUUUGCUGUGCCUUGACAGCAGAGACCAAAGACAUGUUCAACUAUGAAGCAUUCUCAAAAAUGAAGGAUACAGCCGUGCUUGUCAACUCUGCUCGUGGCGGCAUCGUACAUCAAGAUGACUUGGUCCGUGCUCUUGACGAAAGUCUAAUCGGUGCUGUUGGUCUAGAUGUGACAACUCCUGAGCCAUUACCUCCCACCCACAGAUUAUACUCUUUUCCCAACUGCUUGAUCCUGCCUCAUGUCGGCAGUGCCACCAUGGAAACCCGAGAGAAUAUGGCCAACAUGACGCUGGAAAACAUCGUAGCUGGUCUCAAUGAUAAGGCACUUCCUUACUCCAUCUAA